AUGGCAAGCAGAGUGACAAGCCAAGGCCUAAGACGGGUAGCGAGACAGGCCCAAUGUUCGCCUUCAGAGGCAAGGCGAACCAUAGCUUCGGUGGCGGCAACAUCGUCCGCGUAUCAGGAACCGGUCCCUCCAGUACAUGAUAUCUAUGCGCCUCCACCACCACCAGUCCCAUCACCAGCGCAACCUCCGUCUCAGACCGCUCGUAAGCGGAGCAUCCAGGAGGCCAAACCCUUCAGCGACUUCCUUACCGACACCUUCUCACGGCAACACGACUACCUUCGCAUCUCCGUGACGGAGCGCUGCAAUCUGCGAUGCCUGUAUUGUAUGCCCGAGGAGGGGAUCCAGUUGUCGCCGAGCAAGGAGCUCCUAACAAGUGCAGAGAUCUUCUACCUGAGCCAGCUCUUUGUCAAUCAGGGUGUAAGCAAGAUCCGUCUAACUGGUGGCGAGCCGACGGUAAGGAAGGACAUCGUGCCCUUGAUGCAGCGGAUAGGCAGCCUCAGGAGCGCUGGUCUGAAAGAGCUGGCGCUGACCACAAAUGGCAUUACACUGCAUCGGAAACUGGACGCCAUGGUCGAAGCUGGCCUGACCGGCGUCAACAUCAGCUUGGACACUCUUGAUCGCUUUCAGUUCCAGAUCCUCACCCGAAGAUCUGGGUUCGAUGCGGUGAUGAAGAGCAUUCAGCGAGUACAGGAGCUGAACCGGCUGGGCGCAGGCAUCAAAUUGAAGAUCAACUGCGUAGUCAUGCGUGGCCUUAACGACCAUCAGAUCUUACCGUUUGUCGACAUGACCCGAGAGCAAGACGUUGAAGUGCGCUUUAUUGAGUACAUGCCUUUCGACGGUAACAAGUGGUCGGAGAACAAGAUGUUGCCGUAUGCAGAUAUGCUCAACGUUAUUCGCUCGAAGUACCCGGACAUCUCGCGGUUAAAGGGAGCCAGGAACGAUACGUCAAAGACGUGGCAAGUACCUGGCUUCACCGGCCGAGUCGGCUUCAUCACCAGCAUGACGCACAACUUCUGCGGCACAUGCAACAGGUUGCGAAUCACAUCCGAUGGAAACCUGAAGGUGUGUCUCCACGGUGAUGACGAGGUCUCGUUGCGCGACCUUUUGCGUAGCGAUAACGAUGGCACGCCAAUGGAUGAAGAGGCCUUCGAAGCAGUCCGACAACUGGAACUGGAUCGUCGGAAACAUGGUGUCUUGCGCCAAGACGGCUGGAUCAGCAAAGAGCUGCAGUUGCUGGAAGUGAUUGGCUCGGCUGUGAAGCGUAAAAAGGAGAAGCACGCUGGCAUAGGGGAGCUGGAGAAUAUGAAGAACAGGCCAAUGAUCUUGAUCGUAUCUCCAUUCUCAAGAUGGUCUCGUGUCCCAACGCCGAUAUCAUGGUCGAGGCAAGAGCUCAUGCACCGUACCCCGACAUACCUUCUACGUCAUCCUGGUUUUGUGGGACAGUCACGGCUGUUUUCGAGCACUGCACAUACACGUUCGCCAUCUUCUGAUGAUGACGUGAACGGUAAACUUACCCAUGUCACCUCAAGCGGCGAGGCGCACAUGGUAGACGUUGGCGCGAAGGCUGCCACGAAGCGUAUCGCCAUCGCAGUCGGCUUUGUGUCGUUCAGUAACUCAGAGCCUCUACAACUGAUCAUGGAAAACAACAACAAGAAAGGUGACGUCCUCGCCGUCGCUCGGAUUGCAGGCAUCAUGGCGGCGAAGCGGACCUCGGACCUGAUCCCGCUCUGCCACCCCCUGGCUAUCAGUAAAGUGGAGCUCGACGUGAAACUCCUCGCGCCGAAUCUGAAGCUUUAUACCUGGGCCCUGGGAAUGGCGAAGACUAGUUAUGAGCAUGGCGCGGUCAGCGUCGAGGCCCGGGUGGAGUGCGUAGGCCCUACAGGCGUGGAGAUGGAGGCUUUAUGCGCAGCAACAGGCGCGUUACUGACCGUCUAUGACAUGUGCAAAGCGGUAGAUAAGUCGAUGGUGGUUAGUGGGUGCCAUGUCACCUACAAAAGCGGCGGCAAGAGCGGUACGUGGGUGCGAUAUAACUGGGCGAGCCACAAGGGCCAAGCCUGGUUCGAGCAACAAGGCUUGGAGUGGGUGCCUCAGCAGGAAGGGAAGGGUGAGAAGGAUGGGAAAGGUCAGAGCAAUGAGAAAGAGACAUGA